UCAUAUCUGCCACAAUGGCCAACGUCGCCUUGAUCGGUUGCACCGGCAUGGUGGGAACCCACAUCCUCACCACCCUUCUCAAUAACCCCUCCAUCGCCCGCAUCGACACCAUCUCCCGCCGCACCCCCCAACCCGCCACCACCGCGCCGCAAGAAAAACUCACGACCUUCACCUCCGACGACACCACCAAAUGGGCCCCCCAACUCACCACCCUCACCCCACCCCCCAACAUCUUCAUCUCCGCCUUCGGCACCACCCGCGCCGCAGCCGGCAGCUUCGAAACCCAAUACCAGAUCGAACACGGCCUGAACGUAGAAAUGGCGCGCGCGGCCCGCGACGCCGGCGCCAAAGUCUACGUCCUGAUUUCCUCGACCGGCGCGGACAAGAAUUCCUCGUUCGGGUAUCCGCGCAUGAAGGGCGAGAUUGAGGAGGAGGUGAAGGCGAUGGGGUUUGAGAGGACGGUGAUUUUGCGGCCCGGGUUGAUUUCGGGUGAGAGGCAGGAGAGUCGGCCUGCGGAGGCGGUUAUGCGGUGUUUUGCGGGCUGGGUGGGGAGGAUUCAUUCGGGACUGAAGGAUGGGUGGGCGCAAGAUGCGGAUGUUAUUGCCAGGGCGGCGGUGAAUGCGGGGGUUAGGGCGUUGGAGGGGGAUGUGCCGACGGGGAGUGAGAGGGUUUGGGUGCUUUAUGGGAAGGAGAUUAUUCAGUAUGGGAGGGAGUGAGGUUGCUUUGCUGGUAUAGUUGGAUUGUUUGGUAUUGUUUUGUAUAGGGUGUAGUAAUAUUGUGUUUAUUUCUAGAGAUAGUAUACAAUACAACUCAACCUUCUUCUAUUACAAA